AUGGAAAAUUCUUUAGAAAAUUCUUAAACUAAAGUUUAUUCUGAUUCUAACACUGAAUCUAUAGAAUCAGCACCUCUAGACUCAUUUGUUAAAGAUUUGACUGAGGUAUUACCUAAGGUAUCUAAAUUUUGUUGGUUAAAGGUACAUCUAUAGGAAAAUUAGAUUGAGGAAAUCAAGGAGGAGUAAAAGUAGUCUGAUGAGUUUUAUGCUGCUUUAAAUCUGGAUGAAUUGCAGCAUAAAGCAGAUGAACAAGAUUAGACCAAAGAUGAAAAUGAUGAGUUCAAAGAUGCCAAGGAUAAGAUUGAAAUUUUUUACGAUAAAAGAAAUGAGGCAAAAAAGGAAUUCUCUAAAGCUAUAGAAAUUAAGCCUGAUUAUGUGAAACCCAGAGCAUUUAGGAUGAAGAUCUAUAGAGAUGAAGAGGAGUAUGAUGCAGCAUUGGAGGAUGCCAAAAAGAUAGAAGAACUCGACCCCCUAUAUCCAAAUAUUCAUAGGACUGUGAUGGAGUUGGAUAAACUACAGAAGGAGAAAUUUGAAAAGAUGAAGACUGAAGUAAUGUCUAAUUUAAAGAGCUUCGGAAAUACAAUUCUAGGCAAAUUCGGUAUGAGUUUAGACAACUUCAAACUGAAUCAAAAUCAAGAUGGAACAUACAAUAUAAACUAUCAGAAUCAAUGA